AUGGAUAUUUAUCAUGUCUAUGAAGAAUUUUUUAAUCUUAAUACACGAUUUAAAAAUUUACUUAUGCAUUCAAAUGUUCCAAUUCAUAUAAAUAUUUCAACAAUGUCUAAAUCAAAUUUUGAAUGGUAUUAUAAUAAUAUAAUUCUUCCCAAUAUGCAUCGAAUAAAUAUUCUUCGAUUAUCAAAUCCAUUUACUAUUGCAAGGCUCUCGAUUGUUUUUGAGACUGGCGGGGACAGUAUUAAAAAUUUUCGUAGACACACUGCAAAAGUGGCGAGGGCUAGUCCCCGCCAUCCCCCGCCACAUUGUGGGCCCUGUACUAUUGGUAUUGUUUUUUCACAACCAUGGCUUAUUUCAAUAUUUCUUCAACUUGAAACAUUAAUUCUCGAUAAUAUCAGUGCACAAUCUUUAAAUAAUAUUGCUGAUCAUUUAAUUAUUUUACCAAAAUUACAUUCAUUAACUAUUAAUGACAUUGGUUAUAUUCAAAAUGCAACUCUCUAUUAUAUUCGUAUACUUCGUUUACCUAAAUUGAAAUAUUGUAAAAUUAAAUUCGAAUCAGAAGCUGAUGUAGAAUUAUUGCCUAAAUCUACUGAUAAAUUUAGUCCAAUUGAAUGUCUUGUUAUUAAUAAUUAUACAAAAAAAUGGGAACAAUUAAUAGUAUCUUAUAUGCCAAAUCUACGUGCAUUUGAUACAAAUCAUGAAGGUUCUGAACAAAUUCAUCAACUAACAUAUCAUAAUUUAAUUAAUCAAUUUAAUUCGUCAUUUUAUAUUGAAAAAAAAUGGUGUUUUACUCAUCAACAUUAUUGGCAAGAAACUGUUAAAAGUGGAAUAUUUUAUUCACCAAAUCCAUAUCGGUAA